AUGAAGGCGGGCUUGCGCCUUAUCGCGCUGCUGCUGCUGGCCACAAUUACAGCAGUAGCAGCAGUGGAAGUGACUCUGAACCAAGAUGAUCGCCAGAAAUGCUCAGGCAUGUACAGCAAGAAGGCAUGGGGCGGCAAGGUUGACCCAUUUAUACUUGUCAAGUUCAUAAAAGACCCAAAGAAGAACGAGGGCAUUGAGAACCCGAUAGUCAGCGUAGUAAUAUGGGAGUGGAAGGACACGUUGCUUCUGGGUGCUCCAUCCGACUUGCCCGUGAACGACGAAAACCGCCAUUAUAUCUGUGACGACGAAUCGAUCAAACUGAAAUUAUGUAACGAAACGCACAAGGGCGAGUGGGUGCUCGCCGAAGACGUCGACAACAUCUCUCAAAUGUACAUCCGGACCGCCGCAAUCAACCUCAACGACCCCAAGCCUAUCAAUUACCCCAUCUCAACCGGAGAGAAAAAGGUUUCGAUAAAGACGGGAUAUUACUGCGUGGCAGCGGCAGCCCAAGAUAGUCGAUUGCAAUACGAGGCCGUCGUGGUUUUCCGGAAUGCAUAUGGCGAACUCCAGGCGGCCCAGAUUGCAAAACUGCCCUUUUACGGCGGCAUCACACUCGUAUACUUCCUCGUCUUGACAUUCUGGGGCUUCUUGUAUUUCCAAAACAGGCAUGACAUUCUCGCCGUGCAGAACUAUAUCACCGCUAUCCUGGUCUUUCUGGUCUUGGAAAUGCUCAUGACUUGGGGGUACUACGACUACCAAAACCGCCACGGCAACAAUGUCGGCGCCAAAGCACUCAUGAUUAUCGUUGCUGUUCUGAACGCCUUCCGCAACUCAUUCUCGUUCUUUUUGCUUCUUAUCGUAUGCAUGGGAUAUGGUGUCGUCAAGCCUUCCCUUGGAAAGACAAUGAUGGUCGUCCGCUGGCUCGCCGUGGCACACUUCGUCUUUGGUGUCAUCUACGCGGUCGCCUCACUCACUGUUCGCCCAGAUGAUGCUGGACCUAUUGUCUUGCUUGUUAUCCUUCCGCUGUCCGCUACACUCACGGCCUUUUACAUCUGGACUCUGAACUCGCUAAACCUUACCAUGAAAGACCUCAUGGAGCGGAAACAGCACGUCAAAGCCACCAUGUACAAGCGAUUAUGGUGGUGCAUCUUGACAAGCAUUAUCGUCAUCUUCGGUUUCUUCUUCAUCAACAGCUUCACAUUUGCUGGUGCUUCUACUCCAGACUUUGCGCCUACCCAUUGGCAAACGCGGUGGUUCGUACUUGAUGGUUGGCUAAACCUAGUCUACUUGGCUGAUGUAUGCUUUGUUGCAUACAUGUGGAGGCCAACGGCAAACAACAGAAGAUUUGCUAUGAGCGACGAGAUUGCUCAGGAUGAUGAAGGCUUCGAGAUUGCCUCACUCAGAGACUCCUUGGACGAGGAGGAAGGGGGCCCGAAUCAGGGUUCCUCUUAUGAUCCAGCGCAAAGGUCCACUAACGAUCAUGCACGCGAUGCAUCGCCCCUACCUGCGCCACAACCACAAAAGCCCAUUCACCCUCCUAGAGAAAGUCUUGAUGGCGAUACAAUUUUCGCUGUUGGGGAGGACGACAAGUGGAGUAGCGAUGGAAGCGAGGAGGAGGAAAGUGACGAAGACAGUGAUGAAGAUAGUGACGACUCGGGUGCUGGAAACUCAAAGGGAGGUAAGAAUGAGCGUUCGAGAUUGACUGGUAAAAAAGACGAAUAG